AAUAUCCCAAAAUAUCUUGUUAACACUCUUUCUCUCAACGCUCCUAAAAAAUGGCAUCUCAUUUUUUUAACCUUCUCUUCACCUUUUUACUUGUUCUUCUCUUCCAUAUCUCCCCUUCCACAUCUCUCACAUGUUCUUCUCAAACUUUCUCAUCCAACACUCGUUUCACCAAUUGCACUGAUCUACCUUCUCUCAAAUCAUUCCUUCAUUGGACAUUUGAUCCGGCUAAAUCCACUCUUUCUGUCGCUUUCCUCGCAUCUCCAGCUUCACCUGAUGGCUGGAUUGCUUGGGGAAUUAACCCCGUUGCACCAGCUAUGAUUGGAACACAAUCACUAAUUGCAUUCAAAGAUUCUAAAGGGGUUAUGACUGUUAAGACCUACAAUCUUACUUCUUAUAAAUCAAUAACAGAGUCUAAACUUAUGUACAAUGUUGUCGAUUCAAAAGCAGAGUCAGCUGAUGGGAUGAUGAAAAUCUUUGCUACUCUGGAGUUGCCGGCCAAUACGAAGACAGUGAAUCAGGUAUGGCAGGUUGGAUCAGCGGUAACUGAUGGAAGGCCCGCGAUACAUAAGUUUGAACCUGAUAAUUUGAAAUCUAAAGGGAUUUUAGAUUUGGCUACUUCGGCUGAUAAUAAAACAAAUGCUACUUCUUCUUCUGCUAGUGCUGGACAAAGUGGAAAUGAAACUGGAGGAUCUUCAACAAUUUUGAAAACUGAAACUAAUUUUUUUGCCUUCUUGUUCUUCAUUGGGGUUUUGCUUUUGCAGCUUUAAUUUACAUGUGGUUCAAGUUUCUUCUUCCAUCUUCAGUUUCAUGGAUGUAAUAACGACUAUUUAAUUAGUGCUAGUCCAAAUUUAUGUUUGAUUAUAUAUACAUCUUGUAAUAAUAAUGUUCUUCUUUAUCUAAUGUAUGCAAACUAAAACUUCAUUUUCUU